AUGGAGUCCUGUAAAUGUCCCAUCACGGAUGAAAUAUUCGAGGACCCUGCCAUAGGUGAUGAUGGUCAUACUUACGAACGAAAAGCAAUUACAGAAUGGUUAACAAAGAAUGGAACAAGUCCAAUGACAAGACAACCGAUGAGUGUAAAUACAUUAAGGACAAAUUAUACCGUGAAAAAAAUGAUCGAAGAACUAAAAUCAACACCAGCAUCGCAACAAGCAUCCUGUCAAUUUCAACUUGAUGUUGAUAUCCGAAGAACAAGACCUAGACCAUUAUUUCAAGGUUUUGGAAAAUCAAUUUAUGAAGUUGAAUGGAUUAAUCACAAAGGUCCACCCAUUGUUUUGCUUAAAAUUGAUGGAGCCAAAGCCAAUCGAGAAGCAUCUUUUUAUGUGCAACUUGGCUGUCAUCCUCACAUUGUCCGCACAUUUGGUCUUGUUCAAUGUAAUCCUGGUUCAGUGAUGCUUCUUCAAGAAUGUGCUCCACAUGGUGAUCUCUGCGAGUUACUACGAGACAACAGUUUCAAACCGUCAGAACGAGUUUUAUGGAAAAUAUUCGAACAGAUAUGUGAUGCCAUGAUUUGUUUGGCAGACAACGGCAUUGUACAUGGCGAUUUAGCUUGUCGAAACGUUCUUGUCUUUAAAUGCAACUCAACUGAGCCAAAAGAUAAUUUAGUGAAAUUAACCGACUUUGGUUUGACCCGUGCCAGUAAAAUGUUUUCAAUCGUUGAUUGCCCAUCUAUGACAACAAUGACAAUUAUCCCAACUCGGUAUGCUGCUCCAGAAAUUCUUCGUGAUCCGUCUAGUCUUCCGUAUUCUGAGAAAUCGGACGUUUAUUCGAUGGGUGUUUUGAUGUGGGAAGGCUGUUCCUAUGGUGAAUUACCGUAUUCCUCGAUAGAGAAAGAUGAAACUAUUCGACAACGAAAACUAAACAACCGGAUGCUUUCUCAACCCUCUAUAUGUAGUUCCCAACUUUGGACCAGAAUGCAUCAGUGUUGGCAGCUGGACCCAUCAAAUCGUCCUACUUUCAUCAACUUGAGAGAAUCGCUAACAAACCUUAGCACUGGGUCAACAUUAAAGUAA